AUGGAUGUACCCUGCGAGUCUGAGCUGAUCAGGGACGAAACCCAGGACUUUGGCAAAUGGGGAUGGGUAUUCUACCGGUGUACCUACGACGACGAUGACGCUUGGGCUCGCUUCAGAGGCAUCAUCAAUGACACAUCCCGAAAACACAGCGAGUUCUACGAAUAUCCGGAAAUCCUCGAUAAUUUUCAAAUCGUCCUCCAAAUCGUGCCUUAUGGCUACUAUGCGUUCUAUCUGUCCCUGGUUCCCGCUGGUGCCCCAGUUCCAUUCUUGAAUUUUUGCGGCUUAAGGCCGGAUAUGUCUGGAGAGGGCGGCCUGCCGAAACAGGCCCCUCGUACAUGUUCUGAUUUGUACAAGACCAUUCCUGCCCCAGUAGUUAAAGCAGUUGCCGGCGGCUGGAAUCGAACCAGCGACCUCUGGGCUCCAGAGGCCUUGCCAGGUGUAUGCCACUACACCACGCCGGAAAUCCUCGAUAAGAUGAAAUGGACAUUCUUGGAAGACAAGCAACAAUUCGAUGGCGCUUCUACGGCAAAGUUGCGUGCUCACUUCCGCGAGUGGGUGAAGCAAUCAGCACCACCGAGGGAUUCAUCAGAAACCCCGCCCCGAGAGCCCAACCCACCCGGCCUAGAAAGCAGUUCUGACAACACGAUGUACGAUGAAUAUUUCGUCCAAGUAGACGAGAUAUCGCUGCGCAGUGUCGUCUACAAGGAGUUGCCGCCGGCUGAAGCCAACCUGUACAUCCGCAGGCACAUCAACCUGGUGAGCACCGACUGGAAACCCGCGCGACUGGAGGAUUACCAUGGAGACAAUGUCAUCGAAGACCAUUUCAGCUUUCCGGAACUUGAGGGAUGCACUGAGGAGAACGUUGGCUGGAUGAGUUUGGCAGUGAGUGAAGUCGGCCCGUCUACCUUUCAGAGGAUCCCUCAUCUGUGGUACAUCAUUUAUGAGAGACCUCCUGAUAUCGUGUACCGCGUGUAG